AUGUCUAUUACUCUAAACUGUUUUAUUUUUGGUGAAAGCAAUGAAAAUAACUUUUUCGAAGUUACUGUAGAAACUAACGUGACCGUCAAUAUCCUUAAGAAAACUAUCAAGGAUGUCGUAAACGUUAACGCUAAAAGACUCAACAAAUUUAACUUAUGGAAGGUCGACAUUCAAGAUAAGAAAAGGUUAAACAUUAACAGUUCUAAUUUGCUUAACGAACUUGAUGGUGAGGAACUACCUCCGUUCUCAAAGAUUAGUGAAUAUUUUUCUGAUGAGAUGGGAAGGAAACAUUAUAUAAUCGUUCAACGAGUCAAAAAUAUUAUUGUACUGUGUGAUGGUACUUGGAAUGGUCUGAGUACUAAAACCAAUGUUUACGAUUUGUAUCAGCUAUUAAUGAAACAAGGACAACAACCUUGGUACAGGCAAGGAGUAGGAACAAAGGUAUCAAAUAUAUUCUUUUUUCUAAAUGGAGCUUUAGCUCUAGAACUUGAUGAUAUCAUCAUGGAAGCUUACAAAAAGAUAGUCGAAGAGUAUAAUGAAGAAAUUAAUGAAUUCGAAAGUAAAGAAAUAUGGCUUUUCGGCUUUAGUCGUGGUGCUUACAUCGUGAGAUGUGUUGCCGGAAUGAUACGAAAUUGUGGGAUAUUGAAAUUUAAUAAUGAAGGACUCAUCAAACGUGCCUAUGAGAUUUAUCGUA